AUGUGUCCUCAACUAAUACAUGUUCAAGGAAGCAUUGUAGCUAAUCCGAAACAUGACUUUUGGGAGAGAGUAUUUGACAACGUGUUCGACAAUGGUCCUCAAAUAGAAAAUAUUGACGAAGCCUUCAAGUUGAAAAAGGGUUCAUUGAAGGGUUCAUUUCGGGAAGCGUUAGAAUCAAGAGCCACUAUCUCCGAAGAUGCGUUAAGCGAAUUAAAGAUAAAGCAUGCAGCUUUCGUAGCUGGCAUACCCGAUAAGUUGCAAAAUGCUUACAGAAAAGGCACCACAGGUAUUGUCUUAGUUGGAGGUACUAAGUAUUCUUGGUUGGGCUACCUAGCCAUUCUUUCUUUGAGAAAUACUGGAUGCACCUUGCCAGUAGAGGUGAUUAUUCCAACCUUCGCAGAGUAUGAGCAAGAAAUGAAAUUUUGCCAUAAAGUUUUACCUGGUCUCAAUGCAAGUUGCGUCAUUUUACCCGACAAAUUAGGUCCAAAUGUGAUGAUGAAAUAUUCUUUCAAAUCCUACCAGUUUAAGGGGUUAGCGAUGCUAGCUUCAUCAUUUGAAAGCGUUUUGAUGCUUGACUCAGAUAACCUUAUGGUUCAGGACCCUUCGCCUGUUUUUCAUUCCGACUUAUACAAAACAAAGGGUAUGAUUCUCUGGCCCGAUUACUGGGAAAGAACAAUGUCACCUGAAAUAUACAAAUUGUUGGAUCUAGAUGUUGAUGAGACAAAACGGGUCAGGUUACAGCGAUUUCCAUUCGUUCUCUCAGAAGACUCACCACAGGCUCAACCAGAGGAAAUGAAAAAAGUCCCUUAUUCUGAUUUAUCUGGUACGCUUGAAAACUUAUCUACAGAAUCAGGGCAGAUGAUUAUUAAUAAAGGUACCCACUUUCAAACUUUAUUGUUAAGUUUGUACUAUAACGUUUACGGUCCUAAAUUAUACUACAGACUAACUUCUUUAGGAGGUGCUGGUGAAGGCGACAAGGAGACCUUUCCUUUAGCAGCAUUUGCUCUAGGUCAGCCAUUCUAUCAAGUAAAGACUAUGAUGAAAACAAUUGGCUUUUACAAAGAUAAUGGUGGUGGAUUCAGAGGUGUAGGCAUGGCUCAGAGAAAUCCGUUGGAGGAUUAUCAGUUAUACAAAGAGCAUUUUGAAGUUCCCCAGGGAGAGGGAGAUUGGGAUCAUUUAACAAUAGAGGAGCAAACACAAAAAAUCAACAAGGUUAAGAAUAAAGUCUUCGGUGGUGGUGGUCCUGCUUCCGUAUGGACUAUGCAUUGCAACUUCCCAAAGUUAGAUCCUGCUGGCCUAUAUGGUGGUGAAUUUUAUGAUAAAGAUAAAAAAAGGUUGAAGUAUCGUAUUUUUGGUAAAACAAUCCCUGAAUUUCCAAAUAAUAAGAAAUACGACUUUGAGUUAGUCCAGUGGACUAAUAUCAAGAAGUCACUAUGUGAAGAUAAAAUAGAAUUUUCUUACUUUAAGAAAAAAGAUGUUGAUUUAUGUGAAUUUAUAAAUAAUCAAGUAGCAUGGUUAACGGAGACCACUCUCGUUCCCCCAGAGGAUAUUCUAAGCGAUUCAGACGACUCCGAAUCGCAAACUAGCACAGACAAAGAGAAGGAGCACAAAAGUCUGAAUGCAAAUGAAUCAAAAAAUCAAGCUAAGGAGAAUGAAUCUGAUUCUAAUAAAAAUGAAUAG